UCCAGUAUGGCGGGCGACGUGUAGUACUAAUUACAAUUGUUACCAUCAAAAGACACCGCAAAUAUACCAUCUUUUGCAGUUUAUGUCUCGCUAUAAAUUUCUAGAAGAGUACUCAUGUAAGUUGACUAACAGAAAAUGCAGAAUGGUGGGCAGAAAAAGGUUGCAGUCAUCCGAAAAGAUGGUAAAAUUGGCGAGACUCCGAAGGUCCAUCCAGCCCCAGUGACUGCACUGGAGAGAUUAGAAAAGGCGCAGUUGCUCGCACCAUUUCAGCAGGAUUUAAUUUCUGAUUUAUCUGGGAGCGAAGAAGGAGAAGUUUCAGAAGUUGAAUCCUUCAUUCUGGAUCAAGAAGAGCUACACUUUGACAGCUCCGGGAACCCGGACCUGAGGGCAGUGGAUCCAGAAACAUUGGAAGCGCUGCUAGAGGCUGCGGCAGGGAUAGACAAACUGACCACCGCCGAUGGCAAAGCCUUCACUGACCCUGAAAUCCUGGGGAAACUAACGUCAUCGGUCAGCUCCGCCUUGGAUGAGGCGGAGGCUGCCCUCUAUCGUAUGCGGUCGGAGAAUGCGGGCAACUUGGCCAACCAGGGCGCAGAUGGACAAGCGUACGCCGAUGCGGAAGAUGAUCCUGCAGCUCUCAAGAGCAUCAAUGAGACGACGGAGGAAGGGGAGAGUCUACUCUCCUUGGCCUGCUCAGGGGGAUACUUUGAGCUAGCACAGGUUUUGCUGAAGAUGAACGCCAACGUGGAGGACCGAGGCAGUAAGGGCGACUGCACACCACUCAUGGAAGCUGCUAGUGCUGGUCACGUAGACAUCGUCAAGUUGUUGAUUGACUACGGGGCUGAUGUCAACGCUCAAUCCUCAGCAGGAAACACCCCCUUGAUGUACGCCUGCAGCGGUGGACACGAAGAAGCCGUCAAAGUUCUCCUGGACACCGCCGCCAACAUCGAAGACCAUAACGAGAACGGGCACACGCCGUUGAUGGAGGCGGCUAGUAGCGGACACGUUGGCAUCGCGAAGGUCCUCCUGGAACGGGGCGCCGGGAUCAACACCCAUUCUAAUGAGUUUAAAGAAAGCGCGCUGACGCUGGCAUGUUAUAAAGGGCAUCUUCAGAUGGUGCAGUUUCUACUUGAAGCUGGUGCCGACCACGAACACAAGACGGACGAGAUGCACACCGCCCUCAUGGAGGCCUCCAUGGACGGCCACGUAGAGGUGGCGCGCCUUCUGCUCGACCACGGCGCGCAGGUGAACAUGCCAGCUGAUAGCUUUGAGUCCCCCCUGACCCUCGCAGCCUGCGGAGGUCACACCAAGCUAGCCGAUCUCCUGAUUGAGCGAGGUGCUAACAUCGAGGAGGUGAAUGAUGAGGGUUACACGCCGCUCAUGGAGGCAGCUAGGGAAGGCCAUGAGGAGAUGGUUGCUCUGCUUCUUGCUAAAGGUGCCAACAUCAACGCGCAAACUGAAGAAACCCAGGAGACCGCCCUCACCCUAGCCUGUUGCGGUGGCUUUCUGGACGUUGCCAAGUUCCUAAUUGACGUCGAGGCCGAUAUCGAGCUAGGUUGUUCGACCCCUCUGAUGGAAGCUGCCCAAGAAGGACACGUAGAACUGGUCAAAUUCCUGCUCAGUAAAAAUGCUAACGUACGUGCGAUCACAGCCACUGGGGACACUGCUCUCACCUACGCAUGCGAGAAUGGCCACACUGAUGUUGCUGAUGUGCUUCUGGCUGCAUGGGCAGACUUGGAGCAUGAAUCUGAAGGGGGUCGUACACCCUUAAUGAAGGCAGCCAGGGCCGGCCACUUUUGCACUGUGCAGUAUCUCAUCAGCAAAGGAGCUGAGGUAAAUCGUGCGACGUCAAACAAUGACCACACAGUAUUAUCCCUGGCAUGCGCCGGUGGACACCUCAACGUGGUAGAGCUACUCCUGGAACAUGGCUCCAACCCCUCUCAUAAGCUGAAGGACAACUCAACCUGUCUGAUUGAAGCUGCCAAAGGGGGCCACUCCGGGGUCAUGUCCCUCAUCCUCAACUACCCCAAUAAUAUGCACACCCCGCCUGUACCCCUGGAGGGUACGGUGACGCCCCCUACGCCCGAGCAGGGAGAGGUGUCCAGGGUACCCACGCAGGCUCUCCCGACGGUGGUGCCACCUCAGAAGCCCGAUAAGCACCCGGACGAGGUGUUGAUGUCUCAACCCCAGGGUUCCCUUUUACUUGCGCAAGUAACUGAUCCCUCGGCACUAUCUCGAGAUCCCACGCACCAAAGAAUCCCAAGCAAUGCAUCCCUGGACGAUGACUCAGGGAUGGGGAUCCUCCCAGGUGCCUCGCCAACCAACCAGCUCCCAAACUCCGGGCAGAAGCCUCAUCCCGACGUCCAAAUCGCCAAGGAGCAGCUCCUGGAGAAGCAGAAGCAGUUCCGAGAGUUGCAGAAGAUCGAGUGGGACUUCAUCCAGAAGGACGGCACGGCGGAGGCGGUCGACUCCACCACGGCGGACCCUGGCGAAGCUUCUGGCGAGUGGGUCGCCGUACCGCAUCCCGAAGCAACUCCCGACGACGUCGCGUCUCGCCUGAGUGGUGAAGCCAACAAUAACAAGUCUCCCAAAGGGCUACGGGACGAGACUCCCGGCUCUCUGGGCGAGGAAGUCUUAGCAACGGACAUCGAUGAUUCAGCUCUUGAUCUCCGGGAGAUCAAACUCAACCAGUGUAAUGAGGAGGUCCCCAUCCGAAGUCCCAACCUCCCUGAGCAGAGAUUGUCCGCCCAGGGUAUGGAAGCCGAGUCUCAAACCCCAACUCCAAGCCUACCCUCAGCGAGUCGCUUAUCAGGUUCCCCUCCUCUCGGUCGUCGCGACCAAACCUCUCCCAGAGACCCGCAGGAAGGACAUUCCCCGAAGCUAGAAGCAUCCUCCCCCUUCGAUGCCAAAAAUCACUCUCAUGCAGCACCCCUCACUAAAGAUGCAAGCAGCCAGAUGGCUCCUUUGUCCACAGCCUCCUUACCCGAUGUCCAAAGUCUUCUAAUCUCCGGAGAGGAUUGUCCAUUCUCGACUGUCGGUGCCUCUGUCACAGGGUCUACCACCGCGGCUGUCGACAGGCUAGCUAGCGCUGAUGUUCUCUCUCAGGAACGAGAGAGUGGCGUUGGUGAGGAAGCCCAAGAUGGGUUGUUCGUAGCGUCCCCGAUGUGUGCACUCGCUGAAACCUCAGAAACACCAGCACGACCGGAGCUACCCCCGAAGCCCUGGAAGGCCCCACCGCAGACCCAGUCAGUCGGCACCCAGUGUGGCUCCUCUUCCCUCUCCUGCCGUGUCACCUCGCCCCUUACUCUCACCACCACUGCCGCUGUCCCCAACCCGGACGCAGUCCACCACCCAUCGCCCUCUUCGCCCCACAUCUACUAUACGCCCCCCUUCACGCCCCACCCCCCAGUCGAGGUUGACGCCCAGACGGAGAGCAACCACGACACGGCGUUGACGGUGGCCUGUGCCGGCGGUCACGAUGAGCUUGUCCAGAUGCUCUUGGAGAAGAGCGCUAACAUGGAACACCGGGACAAGAAAGGUUUCACCCCACUCAUCUUAGCUGCAACGGCUGGUCACUGCAAGACGGUAGAGAUCCUGAUCAACCAAGGCUGUGACAUCGAAGCCCAGUCUGAACGGACCAAGGAUACCCCGUUGUCUCUUGCCUGCUCUGGAGGUCGCUAUGAGGUGGUGGACCUGUUGCUAGCCCGAGGAGCCAACAAGGAGCAUCGUAACGUCUCUGACUACACCCCUCUCAGUCUGGCUGCUUCUGGUGGUUUCGUCAGCAUCAUCAAACUCCUCCUGAGAUACGGAGCCGAAAUAAAUUCAAGAACUGGAAGUAAACUUGGCAUUUCACCUCUAAUGUUGGCGGCAAUGAACGGCCACACGGCAGCGGUCAAACUGCUACUGGACAUGGGCAGUGACAUCAACGCUCAGAUCGAGACCAAUCGCAACACGGCGCUGACGCUAGCGUGCUUCCAGGGCCGCACCGAGGUCGUUAGCCUACUGGUGGAUCGGAAGGCCAAUGUAGAGCAUAGGGCUAAGACCGGCUUGACACCUCUCAUGGAGGCAGCGUCGGGCGGCUACGCAGACGUAGGAGCGGUCCUCAUCGACAAGGGGGCAGACGUCAACGCAGCCCCUGUACCGUCGUCCCGAGACACAGCCCUGACCAUCGCAGCUGACAAGGGCCACUACCGCUUUGUGGAGCUCCUUCUGGAGCACAUGGCUGCUGUGGAUGUGAAAAACAAGAAGGGUAACUCGCCUCUCUGGCUGGCAUGUAAUGGCGGGCAUCUAGACGUUGUGCAACGACUGGUCCACGCUGGAGCAGACAUUGACAGCCAAGACAACCGCAAGGUGUCCUGCUUGAUGGCUGCAUUCAGAAAGGGUCACGUGAAGGUUGUACGCUGGAUGGUCCGCCACGUCAACCAGUUCCCGUCCGAUGCCGAAUGCAUGAGGUACAUCGCCACCAUCUCGGACAAGGAGCUCCUGAAGAAGUGUCACCAGUGUAUGGAGAUCAUCGUGGCUGCCAAAGAUCGCCAAGCCGCCGAGGCCAACAAGAACGCCAACAACCUCCUGGAGGAGUUAGAGUCGGAAAAGUCCCGAGAGGAGAGUCGCAAGGCCCAGGCUGCUAAGCGCCGUGAGAAGAAGAAGAAGAAGCGCAAGGAGAAGCAGCAGAAGGAUCUUCCUGACGACCCCGAUCCAGAUAUGGAUCAAGACCAGGAGAGAGAAGACAGUACACCCAGUCCAACGCUCGAUAUUGACGAGCCAGUACCUUUGGAUCCCCCUUCAGCCACCACUACUACUACCAUCGGUAAAGUCCGCACCACCGACACCCCGGCCAUCACCACCAUGGCCGGACCCAAGAAGGGCAAGAACACCAAGACCACCUGCAGCAGUAUCGUCAGCAACAGCAGCAGCAAUACAGGCAACAGCAACAACAGCAGUAGCAGCAGCAACAUUGUUAGCAAGGCGUCUCCGGCGAUGGUGUUGGACGCCGCGUCGAAGGCGAUCGCUUCGCUGGCUGCAGCGUCGAUGGUACCUAAAGAACCAGUUUCAAGCGCCAGUGAUUCCAGGAAGGAGCGAGUCCGAGCCCGUGCAAAGUCCCGAGGCCAGGAUGGCAGCGAGCUGGAGAGUCGUAAGAGAGUGCGGAACAUGGGGGAGCUGGACGACUUCGACGGGAAGGAGGGCGGAGCACCCAAGAAGGAGAGAGAGAGAGAUAAGGGGCGUGACAAGGAGAGACGGAAGAAGGGGGGAAAGGACAGCAAGCAUGCUGACCACCCAUCCGACCACAGCAAUAGCACCAAGAACUCACCAAGGGGCGGCAGUGGAGAUACCGGAGGCUCACAGUCAGGUCUGAAGAAUCCAUCGGGAACUGGAGCUAGCCCAAAGAGGGGACAGAAAAGAGACGAAGGAUGGAAGGAAGUUGUUAGAAGGUCCUUCUCGUCGUUCAGGUCCAAGAAGGUCAACGUUCCUGCCUCAGCGAUCAGUCGCCUGAUUGGUCGAGGAGGUUGUAACAUCAACGCCAUAAGGGAGGUGACUGGAGCGCAUAUUGACGUAGACCGGCAGAAUAAGGGUGGAGAGAGGACGAUCAAUAUCAAGGGUUCUGCUGAUGCCACUCGUCAAGCCCACCAGCUCAUCGCCGCUCUAAUCAAAGACCCCGACCGUGACAUCGCCGACAUCCUCCCUAAGGUCAAAAAGGUCACCUCUUCCCAUCAGUCUUCAGUCAACUCGGUGACCUUCAGCGUCUCCAAUUCCCACUCAGCGACCAAGACGGUGGCCACAGUGUCCACCACCACCUCGGUCAAGGUGUCGGUGACUAGCCUCAAGGGUAUAGCCAUCGAUCCCAAAGGUUCCGCAGGGGUUGUCCGUCCAACGCUGUCCAUCCAGAACAGUGCUGCCCACCACGCCCAGUUCUCCCAGGCAGUCUUUGCAAACGCCCUGCAGCAGCCUUUGCAGUUUCGAGCGCCGGGGCCCUCCUUAGCCCAGUUCCAGGGCGGGUUCCCACUCGCCCAAGCUGCAGGUACUAUCUCAGGCUGGGGUGCAAUCCAUGUCCGGAAUGUGGUGCCUGGGGUCGGUGUACCAAGGCGUCCGAGUCUACCAGGGCAGCGCUUCCCAACAGCCACCACCACUGGCGGGGGAAGCCCUUCUGCGGGGUCGGUGACGACAACCAACACGGCUGGUGCGUCCCCUCGAUCAGCAGCAAGGCAGCUUUUCCCUCCUGUACCAUCUACUAGUGCAGCGACCCCUGCGCCGGUAACUAAUGCGGAGUACCCCCAGAUCCCUAAUGCUAGACAGCCGAAUAGCUACUCGACUACGCCCCCGUCUUCAGCCUCGUUCGCCUCAAAGAUUUCCGACAGCAAGAUGGCAAGUACCCGACCACAGGGGUUAGUCACAGUCGCCUCUCAGACACAGUCUUCUUUCACUACUACGACAACUAAGUCGGGAGGGACAGUAAGACCACAGCAACUGCGACAGCCUAACCCCACCCAGGCAUCCUACCAGCAGCAAGUUCAACAACAACAGCAGCAGCAGCUGCAGCAGCAGCAACAACAGCAGCAGAUGACCCAGGGACCCCGUCCUGUGACUCCUUCAUCCUCGGCCUCAACCGCCACCUCCUCCCAGUCCCACACCAACUAUAACUUCUUCACCCAGUCACACAGCACCGGGUUCUGGGGCACCGGGGUGACUCAGCACCCCAACAGGUCUGAAGCAAACGGUGAAUUUCGCCCCCCGUCCCCACCCAAUGUUGAGAUGUCCAAAGCGCCUGGGUACAACCGAAACUCCCACGUCAACCCAACCCCUCCACUCCAACAGCAGCAGCAACCCUCCUCAUCAAUCCCCAACCCGUUUUUCCCUCACAACUACCCAACCACCAACCCAAGUAAUUCCAACUUCACCUCCGGCCAGCAGUUUGGGGUCAACAUCAACCAGAACCUACCCCCGGAGCAGUCCGACUACCCUUCUCCUAUUGGUUCAACUCUGAACGCCAACGCACGUCAGUUUACCCCAAUCGCCAAUCCUGCCCCCUCCCCGACACCGCCUAACACCAUGAUGUCCAGCAGCAGCUCUCCGAUCUCACCCGGGGCGUCGCCACGUUCUGCAGCCACCACGCCAAGCCCUGUUACCAUGGCAACUGAUCAGCCGCAGCAGCAGCAACCACCGGCAGCCAUUGGCCAGGAUCGGCGGCUUCCAAUCCCCAUCGGCAACGAGCGGAGUCGAGGCCAACGCAAGACACCGGUGAACUUUGUCGGGGUACCUGUUGGUGAUCUUGGCAAUGCUGUGGGUCCUGCAGGAAACAGCAUCUGGGCUUACACACCUGGGAGUGGCGGUGACUGGAUACAAAGCCCGAACCUUGAGGACCUCCCUGGUGCCACGGCCAACGGAAUGCCCAACUUCCCCCAUGAAGGAAACCAAAGAGAUGACGCCUACCAGAUGCACAUGGCACCUGUGAGUCCAUUUGAAGAGCCUAUGCAGCGAGGGUUACACCACAACAUGGCCAUGGGGGAUGUCGGAGGUGGGGUCAGGGGUCGCGGGAUGGACGAGGCAUUAUGGAAUCCCAGCUCUAAUCUACAGCUGGAUGGAACCAAUCCUAAGGUUUGGGGAGCUUGGAGCCAGUCUGCUAUGUGACAUGAGGCACCAUCACCAUCUGCCGCCACCGAGGGCGCUGUUUCAUUAUUAAGCCCGGGUGUACGAGUGCGGUAAACCCCCCC